AUGGCGCAGACCGCGCUGAAGAAUGUCGGGGACGCGUUGGCAAAGUACCCCGCCGUGACGGCGGUGGGUCUGGCGGGUCUCUUCACGAACUACCUGCCAUGGAAUGAGGAGUUCGUGCUGGCGAUGACGUUCGUUGCCUUCGUCGAGACGGGCCGGAGAUUCGCAGGCCCGUCGUUCUCGAAGAUGCUGGCCGACCAGCAGGACAAGGCCAAGAACGCGCUGCUGUCGACCAAGCCGUGGCGCGUGACGGCCCCCAAGGCCAUCAUGUCGGAGAUGAUGACGGAGUCCAACACGCUCGCGCAGUACGUGGGCCGGCCGGCGCCGCUGAAGUGGGCCCCGCCGCCCAGGUCGUCGGGCGCCCUCCUCAACUUCACCAGCCGCCACAUCACGGCGCAGAAGGACCCCUUCGCGGGCGUCAAAGUCCCCGCCUCCUGGGGCUGGUUCGCGCGCCUCGGCGAGGAGGUCCCCCUCGGCGCGCGCGCGGCCAUGAAGUGA